AUGGGCUGGACUGACCGUGAGACUGUGGCCCUCAUCGGCGGCGGCCACACCCUUGGUCGGACCCAUGGCAACUGCAAUCUCACCGGCACCAAGUGGGCGCAGGAUCCCUACAACAACAUCGGGCCCUACUUUGAGGCCACUCCUGGCAGUCUUCGGGGACCCACAGAUGGAACCUGCGGCACCGGGACAGAGGCCGGCCGCGGCAACAACACGGUGUCCUCUGGCUUUGAGGGCCCUUGGACACGCAGCCCAUCGCGGUGGAAUUAUGAUUUCUUCGAUGCCCUGAUGUCGGAGGAAUGGGUGCCUGCAAAGAGCCCGUACGGCAAUGAUCAAUGGCACACACGUGACCGGUCAAGCAAAUUUGCCAAGACCAUGCGCUUGACUGCAGAUGUUUCCCUGAUCGCAGACCAGACCUACCUCCAUUUGGUUGAGGAGUAUGCCGCCGACCAUGCCAAGUUCGAUUCGGACUUCGCCAACGCUUGGUUCAAAUUGGUGCACCGCUCGGAGGACCACCCUCACCAGGACGAUCUGGAGAAGGAUGCCGGCUUCUGCACCAGCUUCGAAUUCCUGACUGCUCAGCAAGAAUUCUUGCCGUGA